AUGACUGAAGCCUGUCUUCGAAGCAUCUCCGACACGCUCCCGACCCACGUGACAGUUCAUGGCUUUACAGCACCCCCGACAGCACCAUCCGCCAUUGAGGGCCGCGCUGACGCCGUCCUGUCCGCCGCAGACUGCUUCCGGGCAUUGCACCCCAUCGUCACGGAUCCGUCCCAGCCGCACUUCGAUGCCUUUCUGGUGGCAUGCUUCUCUGCUCACCCGUUGAUCGCAAUGCUUAGGGAGGAGUUUACACAGCCUUGCAUUGGGAUCAUGGAGGCAUCCCUGUACGCGAGCAGGAUGUGUGGGGAGAGAUUAAGUGUGAUCACUACAGGGCAGAGGUCACGGUUCUUGCACGAGGACUCUAUAAAUACCACCUACGGCUUGGGCAAGUUUUCCGUUGGGUGCGAGGCUGCGGAUAUUGCUGUGCUAGAGUUGGACUCGAAGCCUAAGGAGGAAGUGUACGCGGGCUUGGCCAGCGCGGCUAAGAGGUUGGUUGAGAGAGGCGCCGACUGUAUCUGCCUAGGUUGUGCGGGGAUGACGGAGAUGAGAGAUGUCUGCCAAAAGACCGUCGGCAUGGAGGACAGGGAGGUCAUGGUCGUGGAUGGCGUGGCUGUAGGAGUGCAUUUCCUGGCUGGAUUAGUGAGCGAAGGAUUGGGCACCGCCAAGCGGGGAUUGUAUCGCGGUUCCGCUGCUGGAAGGGAAAGAAGAGGGCAGAGUUGGAUUUAG